UGAGUCGAAUGAUUCGAUGCUCUUGUGUCGUCUGUUGAAGACCUCAACAAUAAUUGCAACCUCGGCAUCUCGGCAGCUCGGCAUCACCUUUGGUUGGCAGACAACAAGGCAAGAUGGUGCAAUGUACAACUGUAUUUGCCUUUGAUAUGGCACCUUCGUCUAAUGCCAAGGUUGAUAGAAAAGGGCUUGCAGCCGCUGCUGACUUGUAGCUGGCGGCUGGGAUGAUGUAUUCACAUGUCGACAACUAACGACAUCCUGACGCAGACAGUACCAUGACUGUCACUCAGCUCGGAUAGCUUGAGGACGACUGUCACUUGACAAUGAUUCCAUUGCUGUGUACCACACUCCAGCGGCCGAACUUCGUAUCUAAAACAAAUCUUUGAUUGCAGAAAAUGACCCUACGAAUCGGAUCUGGAUGGGUUAGCUAGCUAGAGGGAGAGGCUUUGCCUCGCCUCUUGUGUCACAAAAUCAAAAGUGCUCGCAAUUUCUGCACCAAGGAAGCAUGACGCCGCCAGCUGUGUUCAUGGACCCACAUGAGAGACCUCCGCCCAUGUAUACAAACAAUCCUGCCGUAUCGUCGUUGCUCGAGACGGCAGAAGAGGUUGCUGCUGCAGGCGCCAUCACCAGCAACAAAUAUGACAAUGGCCAAAACAACAACAACAAGUCCAAAAUCCUGAUUGGAAACAUCCCAAACCCUACUGUUUCUGCUGGUAGCUCUGUAGGAAUUGCCAAUUUCGCCGUCAUGAGCAGCAGUGGUAGCAUCAGUCUGCAGUCCAACAGCGAAUCAUCCUUUUCCAGUGCUUGCACAACGGAGCGAAAACGUCGUGUUUGUGUCUGCAAAUGGGGUGAUGCCUGCCAAGUCAUGACGACCGGAUUUGCCUGCAACAAGAAUGAUCCAAGAGGAGCCUUCGUCAUAUUGCCAUCAUACGAGGUCCAAAUGAUAACGUCUUACUGCAAAUAUCUCAAGGAAGACAACGCGGCGGUUCCUUUGGAUACUAGCUCUGAGGACGAGGACCCGGACCCAGAUGACUUGGAAGAGGAAGAGUUUGUAGUUGCAGUCCAUCACUUUCAUCCCACGGUCAUUGAAAAGUUCUUCGAUUCCUCUCGGGAGGCACGCUUAGAAGAUGACCUCUUACCUAUGCCAGCUAGAACCAUGACUUCAGAACAACGCGCUACUUUGGUUGGAAUCUCCAGUGACAGUGAUCGAGUAGUGAAUCAUCAAACUGGGGCUCCCACAGGAGAAUUCUGGGUGGUUCCGUCCUAUCCAUUUGAUCAAGCCCACGCAGACCUGAAGAAAUCCAUGGGUGGCAUGCGACAGCACGACGUUGAACGCUGUGUCCGUAGAAUGAAACGAGAAGCUCGACGUCAAAAGUGGGAACAUAUUGUUGACAAGUGGGAGGCUGUCAGCAAGCGAAGUGGCUUCCACACUUCAGCUGCCUUGUUGGGGGUGCACUCUCCGACACCCACCCCCGGACCCGCCAGACAUUCCCUGCCACCAAUCAUUACUACAAGCAGUGCUCUCGCGAGCACGACAAACGUAUGCAACGCAAAGUCUUCGCAGGUUGUCGGUCAGCAGGCAGCUUCCGAUGUUGUGUCAUCUGACUUGCUCUUCUUUGGAGCUUCCGCUAGUUCUCCAGCUACUAAAGACUACGGGUCUGAAUGGGACGAACCCGAGGAGUUCAAACAUAGAUCCGUGGCGACUGCUCCUGGACCCAACGUUGGGAAGGGUUCUUUGCCUGAUUGGGAUGCAGGAGACCAAGUGAAGCGAGGCUCCCUCAUGACUGCACAAGAAGUGCUUGAGUGCGAGUUUGAAGAAGAAGACGAUGAAUCCGACCUUAACACAACUGAAGAUGCUGAGGUCGUCAUAGUGUCUGAAGCAGACGAGAAGCCCGAGGUCACGGGAGCCCCUCAAGCCUCGAGCACCAAUGAUCCUAAAGCCGAAGGGACAUCAGGAUGCAAGGAAGAUGAUGGUUCAUUGUCAUCGAUCUCGGCAGAAGGCGCUUCGCACGAAGUCCUGCGACACCAAUCUGUGGCAACUAGCGACUCCUCCCCUACUGAAGCAUCGGCAUCAACAUCCUCCACCUCCUCUUCGUCAUCCUCCCAAGGGCUCCUUCUGUCGGAACCCAAAGAAAUGGAGAACGCUGUUCAGUCGGCUAUGAAGCCCUCUUCUGUUCUUGACACCCACAACCAAAGCCACGUCGAGAAAGUGUCGUCGUCUGUCAAGAGCCGUGCUGUCCGUGUUUUGGCUAUGGGCAUGUAUGGUGCUUUUCUGCUGAACCUAUUUGCAAAGGCAGUGUAUUGCAUUGGAGCGCUCAAGGCUCACAAAGAGGCCUUUGCAUGAUGAAUUUGUCGGGACAUACACGUUUAACACCUAUUAACAUUUAACGCGAUGUUAAAGCUUUUUUCACUCCCACAUUUGGAGAGUUAAAGAAGUGAGUGUUAAAAAUCCUUUUAGCGAAGAAGAAUUUUAACGUAACCGAUUUGGUAUUUAACACCAUGUGACAUGGGCUUUAACACUCCUUCCUUAAGAAACGUAUGUUAAAACGUCUUUCUCCUAUUGUAAGUUUAACGUUGCAAGAUUGACAGAUUUAACAUACCCUUCUAAGUGAUUUAACACUGCAAUCCAAGUCAAAUUUUGG